AUGAAUUCAGCUAUGGAUCUCGACAGCAUCUUGAAGCGCAAUCGCUCCUUCUCCAACGACGAGCAUGAUGACAAUCCACCAUCGAAGAAAUUGAAACAACAAGCUCUCAGUGGAGAUACUCAGGGACUUAAAAGCUUCGUGAAAGGCUCCAUAUCUUUGCUCGUAGGCGAAGCCGGCCAACAAUUACUCCAGAGCACCGCCGGACAGGAUCGCUCGUCGCCCGGGUUUGACAUUGGCGGAGCCUGGGUUACCAAUAUCCAACCCGUCGCCUUUGACGCCAGUGGCAAGGAGAUUUUCUUUCAGUUACUACCAGGCACGCCUCCGGGCCAGGGUCCGGCCGGCUUCUCGCAAUACGGACUGCCCACCCCGGAUCCUUCGCCUUUGCCCAAGGACACUGAUCCGUUCCUUCUGAAAAGGACGACCUCGACCUCUUCCUUCACAGGACCUCCAACUGGCCUGGAAAGUCUAUCAAACUCGGCCUACAUGGGCGAUCUGAAUCUCUUCGGCCUCAUUCCAUCCAAGAUCUAUGUGUACGAGCAUGCUGGCAGCCUUCUACACCCAUACAAUGAAGAGAUCAGAAUCGCACCAGAUGGAUCCAUCUCGCUGGGCACUUUCAUGCCAUCUCUGAAAGGCAGCAAGUGGGAUACGAUCUCGCUCGAGAAUCCUAUCCUCGGUUUUCAAGAGGAGGUCACCCUGGAUGGGGGUUCUAGUCGGACUAAAGGGCUCUACUUCGAGACCGACCUUGUCUUUCGAGGAGCCCUGCAGCCUGUGUCGGACUUCCUCCGUGACUUCUUCCACCAGGAGAAACCUUCCCUCCGCUUCAGCGCCUGGCUGGGUGGGAGCCGCGAUUAUGCAAUCCCUCCGAGGCCCCCUUCCUUCGUGCUACGCGGUUCUCUAGAGCAUGUCUCGGUCAACGUGCUCGACAUCCUGACGUUUCAAGAAAUUGGCAUAGAGCUGAACGGAUACCAGACGUAUAGUCUUGCCAAGAGAGGAAGCAGCACCUGGCAAUUCGGUUAUGGUUUCUUUGGCAAGCUGGAUCUUAGCGUCCCUGGCAGCAUUGUUCCCCUGCACGUCGAAUACUAUCUCCGGAAAACGUUCGACUCUUGGCUACUGCAAAUUCGCCUCGAGGACGAUGAGUGGAACAAUAUUUUUGGUAUCAAGGAUCUCAAGUUAUCUGACGUCUCUUUGGAAGCGGAGAUCCACAAUUUUGCGAAGCAAAAGACAUUUUCCGUAGGAAUUGAAGCAAAUUUGGAACUGAGGAAGACCAAAUUCGGUAUGCGUGGUUACUAUUCGAAGGAGUUCUAUUCUGUCACAGCGUACAUUGGCGAUUUGACAUUGCACGACGUGGGCGAAAUCUUCCACGAGCUUAUUGGAUUAGAGAUCGACGGGUUCUCCCACGACGUUUCGUUGCGGUCCAUGAGUCUAUGCAUCUCAUCGAAAGGAUUUGCACUCCGAGGUGAGGUAACUGUCAACGGCCAUACAUCGACAAGUGGCUGUUUGGAGUUCUCGCGAGAUGGCAUCGUCGUCCAAGGUAGCGUUGGAGACAUCGAGUUCGAGCAUGUUGUCAUCAAGGCCGCAUCGUUGGACGUCUUUAUCGCCAGCAAGCUCGACACUCAGUGCGCAAGAGCGUCCAAAGUCGACAUAUUCGGCCACGUCAACAUCCACGGUGUAGAGCUCAAGGCCGCGCUGCAUACCGAGAAGACUCCAGAGGGCGACUUCCGCUGGACCAUCUACGGUGAGGUCGACGGCGAUGUCACGACGAGCAGGAUUGUUCCGGACCUGAAAGAGACUUUCCUGGAUAUCUCGUUGAACCGGCUGGCUUUGGUUGCGUCCAACCACGAGGCUCCCCUGGGCUCUUAUAAGGGCAUCAACUAUCCAGUCGCCAAAGGCUUCCAGUUCUGCGCCAGCAUUGACAGCAUCCCCGAGCUCGAGAAGCUUAUGCGCGGUAGCGUCAAGGGAAUGAUUUUUCGCGCUGCUCUGGUCGAUGGACAAUUUGCGCUGAGCAUUAUCUUCCCUGCAGACCGCACCAUGACAUUCGGCGAGCACGUAUACACCGGUCCGCUAAUGAUCGAGAUUGUAAAGACAGAUCUCGAGUUCCAAAUGAUCCUCAAGGCUCUCCUCAACGUCAAGGUCGAGACGCAGCCCAAGCCCCUCCAGUUUUCCCUGGGCCUCAAAGCAAGCCACUCCGGCGCGGCUGCAUAUGCGCAGAUGUUGACAGACUGGACAAACCCUUGUGAUGUUGGCAAGCAAGUUACUGUUCAGGGAUGCGCCCUUGAUUUCGGAAUCGUCUAUGCUACCUUCUUCACCACGGGAAUGCCCGGUUCUAUUGGUCUUGCUGGUCAGAUCAUGAUCGGCAAGAAGGAGGCCAAACUCGCCAUGAAGCUCAGCCAGAACCCCAAGGAACAAAUCCUCGUCGCAGCCGUGAAGGACCUGGGCGUUGUUGACUUUGUCAAGUUCGUGUCUCAGAUUUGUGAGCACCAGUUCCCGGAGCCAGAUAAUUUCCUGUACUUCAAUGACAUUCAGCUAUACCUAUCUACCGGCGCCUUAAUCGCGGAGACGUAUUACCCACCAGGUGUGUCGCUGAAGGGCGUUAUGACCAUUUUCGGCAAAACGGCCAAGUUCGACUGCACGAUUGGCAAAAUGGCCAAGAUCAUGGCCACAAUCGAACAUUUCGAGCUGGGGCCUCUCAAGGUCAGAGGAGCUACCUGCGAGGACCCCAUUGUGGAUAUUGAGCUGUCUUCAUCGACGCAAAAAGUCCUCAUCGAUGGUUCUGUAGACCUCUGGGCACUCUCGGCCGCCAUGCACCUCGAGGCUGAGGUCUACCCCAAUCAAAAAUUCAACUUCUGGAUAGAUAUCUCGCUAUCGGACUGGAUCAAGUUCAAGCUCGAGGCGGAACUGAUCGGCGAUAUCGACUUUAAGAAUCUUUCGUCACUCGCAAAUGCCGACUUUUCAAUCUAUGGCCUGAUGGAGCAGCAUAUCCUCGAUUACAUCAUUGACAUGCUCGAUAAGCAAAUCAACUCGAUGCGCGAUCACGCAGACUUUGACGAGGCCAAGAGGAUCUUGUCGGACAAGGAGAACGAGUUCAAUGCGUCCGUCGAGUCAGCUCGCACCCGCCUCGACGCAGCUAGACAGAUCUGGGGGGCCAAGGAGCGGGACAUCAUCUCGGCACUGGAUCAUGCCAAGUCCGAGGCGCAGAGCUACAAGCAGCGGCUCGAAAAUAACGCCGCGGCGGCAGAAAAGUCGUAUGCCAGCGCCGUUGUUGCCGCCGUAGCGAAGCUGGAUCAAGCCCGUCACGACGCGGCUGUCGCUACUCACCUAGCCGAGACAAGCCUUCAGCAGGCGCAGAAUCAGAGCGAGGAGGUGGUCCGCCAAGCGCAGAGUGGCCUUAACGAAAAGCGAAAUGCCUUCAAGUUCAGCUUCGGCAGCGCUCGCUCUGAUAUGGAACAGACGAGGAAGAGAUUGAACGGAGCUGUCAUUGCGGCUGAUAAGAUCUCCAAAGAUCUGAAAGACAUUGACUGCCGUCUCAACGAAGCAUCUCUCAUGGGUAUGCCUGUCUUGCUAGCAGAGAAAGCCGCCAAGGUUGCCGAGCAAGUGGCCAUGACCGCAGCUCUGGAAACCGUUCGAGCUGUUCUUGAAGCCGCAGAGCUGGUCAUUGAGGGGUCGGAAUUCAUCGCCGCGGAGGUUGCGAUUGCUACUGAUGAAGUUUCAUUGGACAACCUGAUCAAGUCCAAGACCGCUGCGAUGGAAACCGCCAUGGCCGCUUUUGAAGAGAUCAAGUUGCAACAGGAAAAGAUAGUGCAGUGCGCAGCCCAGGCUUUGGAUGAUGCCGAAAAGCGCUCUCCUGAGCUAGACGCCUCGACGCAAGCCAAAGCCGUGCUCAGAGAGAGUCAAAGGGUGGUAGAAUCCAUGGUCUCUCCCGCAGAAAAGGCUUUCGCCGAGAGAUACAAGUGCGCUGAGUAUCUCGCCGUGGUCAAAACCGAGAAGGACCUCGAAAACGCCCUUAAGAACACGGUCGAGAUAAAGCUGGCCCGGCAGGCCUGCGAGCUCGCCGAGCAGGACUCGUCCAGCUUCGCCGACGAUGUCCUGAGCGUCGGGUUUAACAUUGGCAAGUGGAUCGCCAGCGCGGCAGCGGAGCUCAUCAACAUCAACAAGAUCGAGUUCUCGGGGUCUAUCUCGAGCUUCGUUGCGGACGGCCCUCCCCUGAUUGUCAAUGUGCAAGGGAAUCUGCUUGGCCAGGAUAUUGACAUUCACAUUGAGUGGCAGUCUCACUUCAAGCUGGCCGAGUUCAUCAAGGCCAUCUUCAGCAAUUUGUGGGAGAUGAUCAAGGACGCAGCCAGCAAGUUCCUCGAGGAGAUUGGCGCCAAGAUUGUCGAGAUCGCUGAGGAUAUCGCUGAGACUGUUGAGGAAGUCGCAGAAUACAUCAAGGAGGGCGCCGAGGAGGCCGCUGAAGUGGUCGAUGACGUCGUUAGCGAAGUUGGCUCGGCGUUGAAUAACGCCGGAAGUGCGGUAGGUCAUGCUGCUGAUGACGCCGUCGAAGCCAUCGACGACGCCUUUAGCGACGUUGGCUCCGUGCUGAACGAUGCCGGCAGUGCCGUCGGCCACGCAGCUGACGAUGUUGCUUCGGCGGUUGGCGAUGCCAUGAGCGAUGUCGGAAGUGUCUUCAAUGAUGCAGGCAAUGCGGUCGUAAAUGUAGCCAACGAUGUUGGGGACGCUUUUGAUAAUGCGGGCAAUGCGAUAUCGGACUUUUUUAGUUUCUAG